AUGGCGCCGCGCCCAUUCUCUUGGUGUACCUGCGGCAACUGGACAUACAACUUCCGCCUGCUGCACAACGGCGGAUUCUGUGGCAAGUGCGGGGAGCAGGUCACACUCUUCAAGCCUGACGCUGCAGCGGCGAAAGGCAACGGCAAAGGUAAGAAAGGCAUCCACAGCUACAAGGGCGGCAAGGGCGAGGACAAGUCGGCGUGGUACUACGGCAGCGGCAAAGGCACGCACCCGUGGUCCAAGGAGCCCGACAUCUCGCAGAUGCUCAACAUCCUCUCGAAUGUCCCCGCCCUCGCAGAGCACGCCGACGUGUUCCGCCAGGCUGACACCUCCUUCAAGGCGAGCAAGGCAAAGCCAGUAUCGCCCAACCAGGAGGUCUACCGCUGCAGCCAGACCCUGGAGAAGAAGGAGGUGGCGCUUCAGAAGGCCCCGGCAGACGUCAUCAAGCUCGAGACGGCUCUCCAGGAGGCCAAGCUGUGGCUCCACCAGACGGCGGAGGAGGCCCUCUCCGCAAAACGGGCCCACACUUUGGCGGUCAAGGCCCUCGCAGACUCCACGGGCGCCGCCAAGACGCAGGACGGCUACGCUGCGGACGGCAAGAAGAUAUACCUCGCGAUGGAUGAGUUCGACUUCGCUACCAGCGACGAGUUCGAUGACGCGCAGAAGGCCCAGCUCAAGGCCAUCCAGAAGCAGGUGGAGGAGCACUGCAAGAAGGUGGAGGACCUCCAGAAGACGAUGCAGGAGGCGCUCAAGAGCGUCAAGGAGAUCCGCGCAGCCCCAGCGAAACGGCAGCGUGGUCAGGACGGCCCCGUCCCUGGUCCUGGCGCAGCAGAAGCUGAAGGCCCUGACGAAGACCAGGCACCUGCUGCGGAGGACGGCCCCACCAUCGCCGUCUCAGAGAGCGACAUCGCCGCCAAGAUCGCGAGCGCCAGGGAGGCCACGCUGGCCAACAUGGGCGACUUCCCUCCCCUGGGCACUGGCAAUGACGGCCUGUCGUGCACUCGUGCCCCCGUUCCAGAGAACUACGAUGCGACGUACUUCUUCUCGAACAUCUCGGAGUGGGGCCCGCGGGCGGAGGGAUUCAUGAAAGCCCAGGCGGAGCAGUACGAUGUCAUAGGCUUCGCGGAGAUGCACCUGCGAGGCGUGAAGGUCCUGGACUUCACAGAGAAGAUCAGCAAAGACGGCUGGAAGGCCGCCGUCACCGCCGCAGCACCGUCGGGCAGAGCUGCUGAAGGCACGACGGGCGGCGAAGCUAUCAUAUCCAAGCGUUCACUGGCCACCGCGGCGUUCGAGGGGUGGCGCAAGCACGAGAUCGAACGGUCCGCAGUCGACCCCUUCCAAGGAUUCUGCCCCACGACGCGGCACACGAAGGCUGGCAACAUUGUCGUCAUCUCCGCGUACAUGCAGCCGAAGCACGGCUUCAAGGGCCCCAACGAGAAGAUGAUGAUCAGGUUAGCCAGCUUCAUCAAUAUGAUAUCCGACCCGUGGGUUGUCCUCGCCGAUUGGAACAACCCACAAGAGGCAUGGGAUGGAACCAAGUGGUUGCGCAAGAUCGGCGGCCGGCUUAUCCUCCCAGAGAACACGAAGACCACGUGCAACUUGGGGCGCGGGUCCCUCAUUGACUACGGGAUCUGCAAGAGCGGGUUCGGCGGCCCCCUCAAGCUCGAAGCCGUUCCCGAGGUCCCCUGGAAGGCCCACGUGGGCUUACUGCUUUCCAUGCGUGCGGGGAAGCAGCACUGGUGGCAUAGAGCAAUGUGUAUACCCAAGCAGCUCCCGUCGGCGGGACGACCAGCCAAGAAAGCGGACCCGAACAGCAAGCGCCAGAAGUUGCUAGCCGAGCGGCACCAGCGGGCAAAGGCCAGAUUCCAGGAGGAGCUACAGGACGCCUACGAAGAGCCCCACAACUGGCCGAUCACGGAGGACAUACACAGCAACGACUCGGUCACCUUCGACAUGCCGAUUGAGGCGUGGCACUCGGCAGCCGCCACGGUGGCAAGACUGGGAGAGGACAAGGGCAAACACGUCAGGAAGGAUUCGAACGCCGACCAGGACAACUCCCCCUCCUCCCACUUCCUGCUGACCCGUGACACUGAGGCGCAGAAGAAGGUCGCCAAGGCGUUCGGCGACUGGGUGCAGACAGUUGAGAAGGCCACGCUUAAGCACCACAACAUUCCCGAGUCCGAUUGGAAAAAGUACGAAGGCAGAGCCAGGGAGCAUGGGAUCACUUGGCGAAGGACCCGUGCCACACCAGCCCGUGCACAUAUGCGGGGCCCGAUCAUGGAAUGGUGGCGUCUGGCAACGACGAUCAUAUCCAGAUAUCAGUUAAUGAGGCGCAAGUUCGCAGAGCAGGACUACAAGCGCAUGGCAAUAAAAAUGCAGGAGCUGCUACACAUUGCCACCGAGAACAACUUCCUCGACAAGUACAACGACCCAGAUGACAAGAGGGCCCUUGAGGACUGGACCAAGGCCAUCGCCGACUUAGACGGACAGAACAUCGACUCGCUGCAGGCCCUCCUAGAGUCCGGCCUGAGGUUUCAAGCCCGUGCUGUGGGUACUGGACUCGCCAACGGCAGGCGGGCUUUUGCUAGCUGGGUCACACGCAUGUGGAAGCAGGCUCCAGGUGCGUUACACCGACAUGUGAAGCCAGCUACCACUCGACGAGACGAGCACUUCGGUGACGAGGGCAGCACCUACGCCACACCGUGCGAGAUCAUGGAUCGCAGAGCCGACUUCUGGGAGAACAUCUGGUCCGACCCUAGCUCCGACCACAGGAGUGUCCUCGAUGGCCUCAAGUAUGUCACGGAGCAAGCCAAGAGGGAGGACGUGCAUCCGAUCGAGCUGGAUCACCUGGACCACUUGCUGGCGAAGCAGAACCCGAAGAAGGCCAGAGGAAUCGACAACCUCGGCCCGCUGGAGGUGCAACGACUCCCAGAGCCAG